AUGAAACCCUGCAAACUGAAUAAUAAUAUGGAGUCUGGCUUGGAAGCUGACCUGCAGUGCAGAGGCGGGUCGGUGUGCGCGGCCAAGUGUGGCUCCGAACGUAUGGAGAAUGCUGCCAAGCGGAGGCUGGCAGCGAACGCCAGGGAAAGGAGGAGGAUGCAAGGGCUCAACACUGCCUUCGACCGCCUGCGCAAAGUGGUCCCCCAGUGGGGGCAGGACAAGAAGCUCUCCAAGUACGAGACCCUGCAGAUGGCCCUGAGUUACAUCAUGGCCCUGACCAGGAUCCUUGCUGAAGCCGAGCGGUACAAUGCUGAGAAAGACUGGAUUAACUUCCACUGUGAGCACUUCCACCAGGAAAACUGCCACGCUUACCCAGGGCAGAAGAUGGCUGCGGAAGUUGACCCAUAUGCACAGAGACUUUUCAGCUUCCAGCCUGACAGCUACUAA